ACAAGAUCCUGGAUAUGUUCAUGGAGCAUUGACGCAUACUCCAUACUACCCCACAGGCAGAAGCUGAGGCUGAUACUGGGGGAAAAAAAAUAUAACACUACGUCAUGGAUCAGGCGCUUGAUUCUGUGCCCCAGGAACCAAUUAAAACAAAAACGUGACUUCCUCUGGAUCUCUCUCGCUUGUUUUUCUUCUGAUUCGGCAGAUAUUAUUUGCUUUCUAAAGAUUACGAAUCGCUGUUAUUUCUCAUUUGUCUCUUCCGUCCGUAAUCACAGUUUUUUUUAUUCUCCCCAACCAACCAUGUGA